UAGGAUAGUGUGGCAAGACCCAAACGCCCACCGAGGGCAACAAAGGGUCGAACGUCCUCCUCCGCUCCCCCGGGAGCUCUCGUAGAAACGCCGAGUCCUCCACUCCCUCUUCUUCCCUCCCUUCCUUCUCUUAGAAGAAUUCCUACCUAUCUAACUCCUCGACCUCGCCUUCUUCUUGAUGGGCUUGUUCGAUUGUUAAUUUCUUUCUGCGGAUCUUUUAAUUUAUUUUGUUUAUGUUUUAGUAUUUUGUCAAUCAAUUCGUCGACAUCGCUUGGAAGGGUUCGGAAAGGGAAAGAAUCUGCUUUAGGUGAGGCAAAUUUGCUGUGCCGUUGUGUUAUUUGUUGGAUUGGGUAGACAGUAAAAGUUGAUACUUUAUUCAGCUAGGACCAUGGCUGGAAAAGUUGCUGCCUCUCAAGCAGCUGAGUCGUUUGAAUACAUGUUGUUUGAGGGAGAUCCAGAUCAUCUCAGAGCUGUUGUAUCUACCCCAAAGCAAAUUAGCCCAUGGAUUGAUCCUAAUGCGCUGAAAUUGACACAUCGUAUAGGCCGAGGCCCUUUUGGUGAUGUUUGGAUAGCAACUCAUCAUCAUUGUACUGAAGAUUAUGAUCGCUUUCAUGAGGUUGCAGUCAAGAUGUUAUGUCCUAUUAAAGAUGAUCAGCUUCAGCCUUUUUUGGUCAAGUUUGAUGAAAUGUUCUCCAAGUGCCAUGGAUUAGAGAGUGUUUGCUUUUUGCAUGGAAUCUCAAUUCAAAGUGGAAGGGUCUGCAUUGCAAUGAAGUUUUAUGAGGGAUCAAUUGGUGACAAGAUGGCUCGUCUUCAAGGUGGAAGGCUUGCACUGGCUGAUGUUUUAAGGUAUGGUGUUGAUUUGGCUCAGGGAAUAAUGGAACUCCACACAAGAGGAAUUCUAAUCCUCAACCUUAAGCCCUGUAACUUUCUACUUGAUGAACAUGACCGUGCAGUCCUAGGAGACUUUGGUAUUCCUUCAUUAUUGCUUGGACUUUCAUUGCCAAGUUCAGAUUUAGUGCAGAGGCUUGGGACACCAAACUACAUGGCUCCUGAACAAUGGCAACCAAACAUUAGGGGUCCAAUUUCUUUUGAAACAGAUUCAUGGGGAUUUGGAUGCAGUAUCGUGGAGAUGUUGAGUGGUAUUCAACCUUGGCGUGGGAAGUCAUCUGAUGAAAUCUAUCACUUGGUUGUGAUAAAGAAAGAAAAACCAGAAAUUCCAAGUGGCUUACCAUCUCAAUUGGAAAAUGUUCUGUAUGGAUGCUUUGAGUAUGACCUUCGAAAUCGCCCUCUAAUGUCAGACAUUUUACAUGUGUUUAGAAGUUGCAAGGAUGUGGUUUCCAGUGAAAGUAGCUGGAAUAAUUCUGGAAGUCAGGUAGCAGACAAAUCGUACCAUGUUGGUUACACCGACUGGUCCCUUCUAAAGGACCACAUUUUAGUGGGUGAUACUGUGUGCUCUAGAAAGCCUAGAAACUCUUGCAGGUUAGAAAGCAUGGAGAUCCCAGAGGGAACUGUGGUUGGCAUGGAGAACAGUGGAGACCAUGAUGGCUUUGUGCUUGUUAGGGUCCACGGGUUUCAUGAUCCUGUGAGGGUGCACUCCUCUACUGUGAAGAGGGUGACCUAUGGUUUUGCUGCUGGCGACUGGGUACGGUUGAAGGAAGACAAGAGGCAGUCUCCAGUCGGCAUCCUUCAUAGCAUUGAGCGAGAUGGAACUGUAACUGUUGGUUUUAUUGGGAUGGAAACUCUUUGGAAGGGGAAUUAUUCAGAGAUUCAGAUGGCAGAGUCUUACUGUGUUGGUCAGUUCUUAAGGCUGAAAGCUACUGUGUCUAAUCCCAGGUUUGAGUGGCCACGUAAGAGAGGCGGUGAAUGGGCCACGGGCAGAAUUUCACAGGUUCUUCCAAAUGGGUGCCUUGUGGUCAGAUUUCCUGGCAGACUUAGUUUUGGGGAAGCUUCCAGCUUUCUUGCAGAUCCUUCAGAGGUGGAGGUCGUGAGUUUCAAUACAUGCGAAGGGGUGGUUAAGAAAUAUCAACACCUCGAGGACUUCCAUUGGGCGGUGAGGCCAUUGCUUAUUGCUUUGGGUUUGUUUACAGCGCUGAAACUGGGAUUCUUUGUUGGCAAGAGUAUGGGGAGAUCAAGGAGGAAGAGAGGCGUUGGCAUCUCAGGGCAAGGAGAAGGGCCACAGCAGGAUGGACCGAGUGGUAGUAAUGCUGCAUGGCUACCCCCAUCGGUGGCAAAUAUCCUCUUUAAAGAAGGUGUUGCUCCAGCAAGAUAAGUAUCCAAAUUCAAUGAACUUAAAACUGUGGAUAUGCUGUUUGUAGUUUCUAAACGAAAUCAUGGUUGUAUAGACCCUAAAACCCUAACUGCUUGUUUGUAUAUAUAUAUUUCUUUUGUUUGGGUUCCAAUCA